AUGAGUGCAUCAAAGCUCAAAGUGGCCAUCGCAGGUCUUGGGCGAAUGGGAGCUCGCCAUGCCAGCCACUUUGCGAACUUGACACCACGAGCAGAAUUGAUUGCAGCCACUUCCCCGGAACAGAAAGAGCUGGACUGGACACAACAGAACCUGCCUGGCGUUAGGACGUACCUCUCCUACGACGAGCUGCUCGAAAAAGAAGUCAAGAAUGGUCUCCAAGCCGUCAUAGUGUCGUCCGCGACAGCUGUCCAUGCAGAACAAGCCAUCAAAGCCAUCAAACUCGGCCUCCACGUCCUCUGCGAGAAACCUCUUUCCACGAACGUCGAAAUCUCCCAGUCUGUUGUAGACGCCUACCGAGAAUCUCAGAAGAAAUACCCAAACCAGAAAGUCAUUUGCGGCUUCUCAAGACGUUUCGACGCCUCAUACCGCGAUGCAUUCGCCAAGAUGCAGGAGGGUGUAAUUGGACGACCCGCUGUCUUCCGAUCUCAAACAUGUGACAAACUGGAUCCUUCGGGUUUCUUCGUCGAAUACGCCAAGUUCAGCGGCGGUAUCUUCGUCGAUUGCUCCAUCCACGAUAUCGAUUUAGCACUGUGGUUCUUCGGAGAGGACAGUAAGAUCAAGAGCGUCUCUGCGGUAGGCAUCACAGCUGUCGAGCCGGAUCUAAGAAAAUACAACGAUAGAGAUAACGCAGCUGCGGUUGUGGAAUUCUAUGAUGGCAAGAUUGCACAACUAUACUGCUCGAGGAUGAUGGCUGCUGGCCAGGAAGAUACCACCGAGGUCAUUGGGACCAAGGGAAAACUUGCCAUAAACACUCAGCCGCAGCUGAACCUGGUCAACAUCACCGAGUCGACCGGUAUCAGGCGCGAGAUCCCACCACACUACUAUGGUCGUUUCAGAGACGCAUUCAUAACCGAGGCCAAUGAAUUCACUGCAUGCUGCUUGGACAACACUGAGCCACCGAUGAAGUUGGAAGGUGCUGUUACUGCUGUGCGGAUCGGCCAGGCUCUGCAAGAGAGUUUGAUCUCUGGAAAGAGGAUCGAGUUUGCAGAGGAUGGCAGCAGGAUUGUUCCUGAAAUGAAGGCCAAGCUUUGA